ACCUGAAUAGUAGCCCUGGAUCUAAUAUCAUUUCCAAUCAAGUUACAUUUACUAUUUACUUCGCUUGUUACUAUUGCUAUACAACUCUUAGAAUUAAUAAACACUAGAUUUAAUUGUUCCCUAGUUCCUUGUGGAUUCGAUCCCUAAGUACUACAUCUGAACCUCUUUUGAUGAGAGUAACACUCCUUAUGAUAAUUUGAGUGGUAUUAGUUUCCGAACAAGAAUAUAAACCAAUUAGUUUUCUCAAUUCAUUUUUUAGUUUUGGGUAUUUCCACAAUAUAGAUUGUUUAAAAUAAUAUAAGAAGAAAGAUAUUGUUUAUCAUAAAGUUGCUUUUUGAUAAAAAAAAUAGUGUUUUUCUCCAUUCAUUUUCAAAAUUCAAAUUAUCUAAAAAUAUUUUAAUUUGGGUAUUUUGAAAAUUCAAAUAUAUUUCUCCUAUCAUUUUAAUAGAAUUGGAUAAUAUAUAAAUAAAAUCAAUACAUCUCUAGUGCAUGAACCAAAAAUAAAAUCCAAACAAAAUAAAUGAUUUCUUAUCACAUUUUAUUUGAAUAUGGAGCCAAAAUGGAAUUAGCCGGAAACUUUGUUGUCGCACUAGUGAUGUUUAGUUCUGAUUUUUUGUAUUAAUUGCUAACCAAUAAUUAGACAUAGUAUAACCCAAAAGUAUUUACUUCCAUAAUAACUGAAAACAAAAUCUCCGUAGAUUAUAUGAAUUUUGACAAUAAUGAAAAUCAGGAAUGGAUUGAUUGGGAAAUAAAUAAUAUAAAAACUAAUAUCAUAUAUUUUAUAUAAGUAAAUAUAUUAGUUGUAGAUAUGUUUUUAAAUGAUUCUGGCAUAUGUUUAAAAUUUAAUUUAUUUCAAAAAAGAAAAUUGAUAAAAAUUUCAACAUAGUCUUUUUAAAUAUCAAUAUAGUAUUUUAAUGGAAUUAAUUUGUUGAAAUUUAGUUCAAUUUUAUAAUUUGAUAUAUUUUUUUGUCUGAAAACAUAUCAUUUAUCCAUACUAUAAAACAGUGUCACGAUAACUAUCUUUCAACAUCUUUUGUAAUAGUAUAUUCUAAAACUUAAAAUUUGGCGAAAACAAUGAAGUUCGCUUUUGUUCUUUUCAUAGUUCUUGUAUCCGCGAUGACAAUGGCAACAACUAAAAAUGUUGAAGCAGAACGUCAAUUAUCUAAACAAGCUCAUCAAUUUAUGUUGCAACAUGAAGUUUCGCUGCACGCUGAACAACCACAAGGUCUUGGUAAUUGUAAGAAAGAUUGUAUAAAAUGUAACGUCACUGAAGUUAGCAUUAAUUGUUUUUGUGUGUGCUAACUUGAACAUCAUCAUAUAAUCGAAUAAAAUAAAAUUUCUUUGUUAACUACUGUUAAGAUCCAAGUACUAUCCGUUUCAAUCGUUCGCGAUCUACUUUCGCUUUAAUCUAGGUUCGAUCUAGUUUUGAAAACCUAAUCAAUUAGCAAGCAAGAACAAACACAAUUUGUUAACUUGGACUUGUUUAUGUGUCCGGGGAGUGAACAAAACAUUCAUGCAAUCCACUAUCAAUAACAAUGGUAUUGUCUUCAGUGGCGGAUCAAUAAACUAUUUGUACGAGAGAUUGAUAUAUGGUGUUUUUGACAUAAUUGUAUAUAUGUUUUCAAAGGUUUUUUAGUCUUUUAUCAAGUUUGUCUAGUUUUUUUUUUGAGUUCUUUCAGGUCUGGAGUAGGUAGUAGAGUCGAAGAUGGAUGCAUGAAGAAAAAAUAACAUAUUUGGAGGAUUUCCCACGGAACAGCAAGGCGGAGCAGUUUGACGAUUGUUUCCCCCCAAAGAAUAGUCCGAGCGAAUGUUCCCGACAUUUAAGGAAACAUCCAAAUUAUUUCGGGAGUUUGUCCUAGCCGCCCCACUUCUUCUCUAACCUAAUGCCGCCUCCAUAUCAAAAGCGUCUCUAUCCUUAUUUUACUUUUAUGCUAAUUUGUAAGAAAACCAAAAUUUGUUUUUUAGUGAUUUGCAACUUGUAAGGGAGACGGCUCUAUCUCUCAUCUAGAGAAGAUCAUCUUCUAUUGAAGUCAUGUCUUUGGUAUUUUGUAUGUUGACUGAGUAGUCGGCUAGCUUGUCUAGGGUUCUAGGGUGUUGAUCGCAUGAGCGAAACAUAGAUAAGCAAUUCAUUAAAUUUUCGUCAUCCAUACCAACUCUUAUUUCUUGCAUUAAUCUGAUCAUUUAAUGUUUGAACCUUGGUCUGAUCAGCUCGCUAACCGCGUAGAAGAUGAUUUGACACUGUAUGAAUGAGCUUAGCAACCUAAUCAUCGAAACUAUAUAUUAGGGUGUUUAAUGAAUCUAUCGGACUUGAUCUCUAAUGCUUGCCAUCAUAUCUUGUUCCAAGCGAGAUCUUAGGUAUCAAGAUCGACUCGCAUAGUGGGCAGUUCCACGACAGUAGACUGUUCUAUCUGAGUGAUCUGAGUUCUAGAUUGUACUUAAUCGUGUUUGAAUCAUUUUUGGCUCAGUAUUGACACCCGAUAAAGUGACCUUAGGCUGGCUUCCUAUUAAGUUUUCAUUCUUUGAUUAAUCUUGUUAUUUUUUUUAUCACGAAAAUACAAAUUCAAACUCCACUAGUGUUUUAGCUUAUAGUGAAACCAAUAGAAUAAAGUUUAAAGUGGUCCUUUGGAAUUGAAUUUAAACAUAUUACAACAACACUGUUAACUUGACAGUAGCAAAGGUUCAUUUUUAGUGUAUCAAUUUUUAGCGUUGUAGCAACGGGGACCAGCUUUUUAACUCUAUUUUAUGGUUAUACAUUAAGUCUAAGACCUCUAACUUGCUUAUUCCUUUUUGUUGCAGCUAAUGUUCCAGGUGCAUGACUAGUAGGCAUACUUGGAGAAACGCACAAAGAGACCUAGUCAUUCUUUCAAAUCAGGAACUUGCAAGAUUGAAACGAAUAAACAUACAACAACCAAAGCCAACUAACACCACAAUGGAUGAUCACGAAAACCAAGAUGAUCUCUCUGCUGCAGAUGCAGCAAACCAUGCAAGCGCACGAACAAGCCGCUCAGCAAGCAGCCGAACACGCCGCACAGCAGCAACAGCAGCAAGGUGUUCCGAUAGGAGAGAGGAACCUUCCGCGUAACUUCCCUGCUACUCUUUCUGCCAUCAACCCUCCUUCAUGUCAGAGACAUGACUUUGAGAUCAAACCCUCUUUUAUCAACCUAGUGCAGAGGAAGAUGUUCAAUGGUCUCCCGACAUAAAUACCGAUGGAUCACAUCGAGAACUUCGAAAAAGUUUGCGGAUUUACUCGUGCAAGUAGUGUGUCACCAAACUACAUCAAGUGCACACUGUUCCCAUUCUCUCUUGAUGGGAAAGCCGCCAGAUGGUUAGAUUCUCUUCCAACCGGCUCUUUCACAACAUGGGAGCAUGUCCGAUCAGCAUUUUUGAGCAACUUCUUCAAGAAGGCAAAAAACUACAGCCUUGAGGAACAAGAUCUCCACAUUCAGUCAGAUCCAUGAUGAGCCCUUCUGUGAUGUAUGGGAGCGCUUCAAUAACUACCGCAGCGAAUGCCCCCACCAUGGUUUCGAUAACGACUAUCUCUUGGGAGUGUUCUAUGAUGGAUUUGGCUUAGAAGCGCGAAACCAACUUAAUUUCUCGAGUAAUGGAAAUUUCAUGACUCAAACGACUGAAGGAGCCUUUGCACUGAUCGAGACCAUGGCUUCCAGUUCUACUAAUAAGAACCCAUAAACUGACCGCUCCAUGAAGGUCAACAGUGUUGACACAUCAAAAAUAGAUGAGUUGUCAGCUAAGGUGGACCAGUUGAUUAUAAAUAAUCAGAAUCAGAUAUUCAUCAUGGAGAAGUCGACUUCAGAACAGAACGCUAAGGACGCUGCGCCAGAGAUAGACAAGCCGGCGGAAGAUCAUCAUGAGGUUAGCUAUGUCAAUGGGCAAGGAUAGCAGUUAAACAACUAUCACCCGAACAAUAACAUGAGGAACAAUCCACAUCUGUUCAAUCACAAUAAUGGAGCAGACAACUCUGCUGACAAGGCACAAAACACGGGUUAUUAAAAGUCUUACCUUCAUAACUUUUCAGGACGAACCUUUUUUCUCAGCAAUGCUGGGAACCAACACCAUAACCUAAAACUGCAGAACAACCAGCAGCCUGCUCCAAUCAUUACCAAUGCCACUACAAGAAAACUAGGCAAAAUCUGACAGAAAUUCCGACAGAGACAAGAAUUGUAGGAAUAUCCCGAGAGAUUUCCGACGAAUAUCCUACGAAAUGCUAAUUAUGCUAGUGGUCAGAAAUUCGUCAGAAUAUUUCAACGGACUUCCGACGACAUAUGUGCUUGUCGGAAAAUUCAGACGACAAAGCAACGGAAUAUCGAGGGAUGUAAAUAACCGUUACACGAUAGUUCGAUAAUUUGGGUUUCGUCGGUAAGUCGUCGAAAAAAACGACAAAUUUCCGAGGAAUAUUUUUGACGAUUGAAAAUAUUUUAAAUUAUUGAAUAUCCGACGAAUAUCCGACAAACAAUCCAAAACUUUCCGACGAAAUUCUGACGACCUGUUUUUGACCGUUUUAUAGCCAUUUAAAUUUUUUAGAUUUCAGACAGAAAUCUGACAACCCUUCCGUCGGAACUGUCGGCAUAUUUUCCUAUAAAUACGAGCUUCUGUGAUUCACCUCAUUCACUCUCCACCCUCUUCACUCUCUUCAUUCUACAAAUUCGAAAAAAAUCAUGUCUUCUUAAAAUUAUUUUCGUUCGUGGAUGUAUAAACCUCAUAUGGAUCCAAACACCAACUUACUUAUAGAAGAAUACGCAAAAGGCAUUACCGAAUUCAUGGCGUUUGUUCAACAACAACCAGAAGCAAAUACCGGUACGUUAUGAUGUCCUUGUUCUUCUUGCAAAAAUAAUAGGAAUUUAAAGGAAUGAGAUGUUUGGACUCAUUUAUAUAUGAAAGGGUUUAUGCCGAAUUAUAAAGUUUGGUAUCUUCAUGGAGAAACUACUGGUUAUGAAUAUGGUAGUAGUAGCGAACCUCAGAAUGUGGAUAGGUUAGAAGAACCUAGAACAGAAGUAGAGUAUGGUGUAGGUACCAAACAGAUGGUAAAUGAUCAUUAUAGAGGGGAAGAACCCAAUGUAGAAGCUAGGAGAUUUUUUGAUAUGUUGGAAGCAGGAAAACAACCUUUGUACAAAGAAUGUAGAGAUGGUCAUUCACCUUUAUCAUCUGCAACUCGAAUGAUGGGUAUUAAGACAUAUUAUAAUUUGGCUGAAGAAUGCGUGGAUGCGAUUGCUGAUUUUGUUAAAGGUGUUCUGCCAGAGGAUAAUCUCGCACCGGGUUCAUACUAUGAGGUUCAGAAACUUGUAGCGGGUCUUAAUUUUCCGUAUGAGGUGAUAGAUGUAUGCAUCGACAACUGCAUGAUAUAUUGGAGAGAGGAUGAGAACCAGGAUAACUGCAAAUUUUACGAAAAACCUCGUUAUCAUGAUAUGAGUGGAAGAGUUCCGGUGCCAUACAAGAGGAUAUGGUAUUUUCCUUUGACGGAAAGAUUAAAGAGGCUUUAUCAGUCCGAACGCACAGCCCAACCAAUGAGAUGGCAUGCAGAGCACUCCACAGACGAUGGUCAGAUUCGACAUCCUUCAGAUGCAAAAGGUUGGAAACAUUUUCAAUCAACAUAUCCAGAAUUUGCGCAUGAGAGAAGAAAUGUCUAUCUUGGAUUAUGUACCGAUGGUUUCAACCCCUUUGGGAAGCAUGGAAGACAAUAUUCUCUAUGGCCAGUAAUUAUGACACCGUACAAUUUACCUCCAAGUUUGUGCAUGCGACGAGAGUUUUUGUUUUUCUCCAUUCUCGUUCCCGGGCCAGAGCAUCUUAAGAGAUCACUUGAUGUGUUUCUUCAGCCACUAAUAUAUGAGUUACAACAACUAUGGACGCAUGGUCCUGAGACAUACGAUGUUUCGUAUAAAGAAAACUUUCAGAUGCGGACAAUAAGUGAUUUUCCAGCAUAUGGUAUGUUAUCUGGAUGGACAAUGCAUGGAAUAUUGUCAUGUCCACAUUGCCAAGAUAGCACAGAUGCUUUCCAACUUAAACACGGAAGGAAAUCGUGUUGGUUUGAUUGUCACAGAAGAUUUCUACCACCCGAUCAUCCAUAUCGUAAGAGUAGGACUUUGUUUACGAAGAACAAGAAGGUCUUUGACAGUCCUCCUCUUGAAAUUAGUGGGGAUGAUUUGUUGAAACAGUUCAGAGAUUUUGGUGCAGAUAGGACGCCAGACGUAGGUGGACAUGAACAUGUUCCAGUCGAUGCUGCUGGUUUACUUCACAACUGGCACAAAAAAGCAUCUUCUGGGAUCUGCCAUACUGGAAGGAUCAUCUGUUACGGCAUAAUUUAGAUGUCAUGCAUAUUGAGAAGAACUUUUUCGACAAUCUGAUGAACACGAUCCUUAAUGUCCAAGGUAAAACGAAGGAUAAUUUGAAGUCAAAACUAGAUUUGGUCGAUAUUUGUGAUCGGUCUGGACUUCAUGUUGAUGAGAACGGCAAGGCUCAUGUUCCCAUAUACCAGUUAAAUGAAGCUGCGAAAGAGGAGUUCUUUGAUUGGAUUUCUGAGAGUGUCAUAUUUCCAGACGGUUAUGCGUUUAAUUUGCGCAACUGCGUCGAUAGAAAUGAAGGAAAGUUUAUUGGCUUGAAAAGUCUCGAUUGUCAUGUAAUGCAUUUUCCAAUACUACUUUAAAUUUAUAUUUUAGAAUAAAUUAUAUAUUAAAUAAAUUUGAAUAAAACUAAUUAAAAAUUUUGAUAUAAAAAUUGUAUAAUUAUCAAAAAGUAUAACUAAACAAGAUUUUUAAAUUUCUAGAUAUAUAAAAGAAUAUAAUAAUAUUACGAUUAAAAAUUUAUGAUUUAAAAAAAAUGGAAAAAUUAAUUAGUAAUAAAAUUGUAUAAUUAUAGAAAAUAGAAAUAAAUAAUAUUUCAAAAUUUGUAAAUUAUUAUUGUAUUUCUGUUAUUAUAUUGUUUAAUAUAAUAUUUGAAUAGAUUUACUUUAUAGUAGAUUGUUACAGAUACUGUUUAAGUUCUUUUAUCAUUGGAAAUGCUAGACCAUUGUAGUAAACGACGAAAGAGACAAAGUACUUGCUUAUAAUGUACAAGUUAAUCAGAUAUACAAGAAAAAAUCAUAGGCUUAAAAAAUCAUAUGCUUAAUUAUCUGUUUUAUUUUGUUUCUUAUGAACAGAUAGAGAAAAGAUCAUAUGCUUAAUUAUCUGUUUAAUUACUGCUUAUGUACAGACAGAGAAACAAAAUAUAUUGUUUACAGUAGAACCUAAUUGUGGCCUUGUUUUUUUGAAUGUUAUGUACCGAUUUUAUACAAAGAAAAAUUAAUAGAA